CAGAGAGAAAGGGGGAAGAGUGUGAACAUGAGAGAGAAGAGGCGUUCUCUAACAGAAAGAGGUAGAGGAGAGGAGAGCAAAAUAGUUGUUUUCUAUCUCCGUGUGGCUCACACUGAGUGUUAUCUCACCAAAAGAGAGGGAAUAUUUUAUUUAUUUUUCUUCUGUUCAUGUUAUCACCACUGAUCAAACAGAAUAAAAACCUUGUUAAACUUGGGUAUUCUUCAAUCUGAACUCAACAGUAAAACAGAUUUAAUCUCAGACUUAUUCUUCUUGUGGGACUAGUUUUAUUAGGAUCCUACUAGUUGUCAUAAUACCAGUCUGUCUCUGAGAUGGGGUCCAGAACUCUUCUACUUGUUCUGGGUCUUAAUUUCAGUCUGCUGGGGAACCUAGAGGCCAGAUAUUGUCCCUGGGGCUACACAGCCAAAGGGAGUCAACAAUGUGGUGAUAUGGAUGAGUGUAAAGAGUGGGACAGUAACCCACCCUGUGGAAGUAAUGCCGCAUGUUACAACACACAGGGGAGCUUCUACUGUCAGUGUCUACCUGGGUUCAGAUCCACAACGACUGUCCAGUUUACUGCUCUCACUGGGGAGUGUAAGGACCUCGAUGAGUGUCAGGGGAAAGUACAGCUUUGUACCAGCAACACCAUUUGCCUCAACACCAUCGGGAGCUUCAACUGCCAAUGCAAACCUGGUUUCAAAUUCUCUGCUUAUGCUGGGCACUGUGAAGACCUCGAUGAGUGCCAGGAGACACCUCAGGUUUGUGGCAGCAACACCAGUUGCCUCAACACCUUCGGGAGCUACCACUGCCAGUGCCAACCUGGGUUCAGAUUCUCUAAUCACACUUUGAUGGACUGAUGGAAAUUCCACUAUCAAGUUUUCUGAUGAGUUUACCAAUGAUUUUGUCACGUUUGCUCCUGCUCCCCCUCUCUGACGCUCGAGGUUGCCAGACGGCUCAUCAUUACUCACACCUCUCCCAUCGUUACGCGCCCCAGCGCUUCAUCGGACUCACCUGGACUCCAUCACGGCAUUGAUUAUCUACCCUAUAUCUGUCACCCCCUCCAGUUAAUUUUCCGCGUCUGCAUUGAUGUUGUUUUGUUUCUCCUGUCCAGACGCUGUUCCUGUUUUUCGUGUCUGUUAAUCCAUUAAAUAUUCAUACCCUGUACUUACUUCUCAUCUCCCAGCGUCUGGCAUCACAGAGCCAUUACAGAUUGUGUACAUUUCCUUUUUAAAGACUUGCUGAGGCAUUUAUCAGUUAGUGACACUGUUGUAAUAUACAGUAUAAAGAUACCUGGAUCAGGCUGUUUUUUAAUAGAUUUUUAUUGAACCUUUAUUUAACUGGACAAGUCAGUUAAUUAAAAACUAAAUUUGAUUUACCAUGAUGCCCUAGGAACAGUGGGUUAACUGCCUUGUUCAGAGGCAGAACGACAUAUAUGUUUUUCUUCCAGCUCUGGGGAUUCGAUCUAGCAACCAUUCGGUUAUUGUCCCAAUGCUCUAACCACUAGGCUACUGCCGCCCCUUAGGAUACCUAUCUCCCUGCUGUUAACCUCUCUUGGGUAGGGGGCAGUAUUUUCACCUCCGGAUGAAAAGCGUGCCCAAAGUAAAUUGCCUGUUACUCAGGCCCAGAAUUUCGCAUAUGCAUAUAAUUAGUAGAUUCGGAUAGAAAACACUCUAAAGUUUCCAAAACGUUUAAAAUAAUAUGCCUAUGAGAAUAACAGAACUGAUAUGACAGGCGAAAACCUGAGACAAAUUCAUCCAGGAAGUGGAAUUGUUUUCAUGUGGCUGUUUUUCAACUCAAUACCAAUAGAGAAUCCAAUGGGUUAGGAAUCAUAUUGCAGUUCCUAUGGCUUCCACUAGAUGUCAACAGUCUUUGUCCGGUUUAAAUAUUAUUGAUUAUAAAUACAAUUAACAACCUGAGGAUUAAUUAUAAGUGUAACUGGGAGUCUCUGAGUGCAACCAUAUGAAGAUCAUCAAAGGUAAGUGAUUCAUUUUAUCGCUAUUUCUGACUUUAGUGACUCCUCGACUUGGCUGGUAAAUGAUUGUAUGCUUUUUUUUUACACGGGGCGCUGUCCUCAGAUAAUCACAUGGUAUGCUUUCACCGUAAAGCCUUUUUGAAAUUUGACACAGCGGCUGGAUUAACAAGAAGUUAAUCUUUAAGGGAGAUCCCUCAUUAUUUGUUUGUACAAAUGUUGCACAAAGGGAAAUUGUCCUGUUAAUCCAACCACGGUGUCAGAUUUCUAAAAUGCUUUUCGGCAAAAGCAUACCUAGCCCAGAACAUACCUAGCCUAGAUCAUAGCCCAGUUGACAAAUUAUUCCAAACAGUAACCAGCCAAGCAGAAGCGUUACAAAACUCAGAAAUGGAGAUAAAAUUAAUCCCUUACCUUUGAUGAUCUUCAUAUGGUGGCACUCAGAAGACAUUCAUUUACUCAAUAAAUGUUCAUUUUGUUCAAUAAAGUCUCUUUACAUCCAAAAACCUCAGUUUUGUUCGCACGUUUUCUUCAGUAAUCCACAGGCUCAAACGCAGUCAAAACAGGCAGACAAAAAAAUGAUAUCCUUAAAGUACAUAGAAACAUGUCAAACGAUGUUUAUAUUCAAUCCUCAGGUUGUUUUUGGCCUAAAUGAUCUAUACAUUUUCAACCGGACAAUAACAUUGUCAAUAUAAAAGGUAAACAAGAAAUGCGCUCUCUCGGGAUUGUGCAUGAAAAAGCUCUGCGACACGGUAGUGUCCACUCAUUCAGACUGGUCUUACUCCCUCAUUUAUAAGAAUACAAGCCUGAAACGAUUUCUAAAGACUGUUGACAUCUAGUGGAAGACAUAGGAUCUGCAAAUUGAGUCCUAAAUCAAUGGAUACUGUAAUGGCAUUGAAUAGAAAACUACAAAAUCCCCCCCCCCCAAAAAGACUUCCUGAAUGGAUUUUUCUCAGAUUUUCGCCUGUUAAAUCAGUUCUGUUUUACUCACAGACACGAUUUUAACAGUUUUGGAAACUUUAGAGUAUUUUCUAUCCAAAUCUACCAAAUCUACCAGUUAUAUGCAUAUCAUAUCUUCUGGUCCCGAGUAGCAGGCUGUUUAAUUAUGGGCAUGCUUUUCAUCCAAAAUUCUGAAUGCUUCCUCCUACUCUAGAGAGAUUAAGAAAUGUACUGAAAACCCCAGUGUAAACCUUGUACACAAAAUGUUUGAAAUGUUUGAAACGUCUUUAAGAUUCGGAAGUACGGGGAAAGAAUGGAGAAAUAAACACUCACUUAAUAGGGUUGAAUGACCUCCGACCUCUAUUCUGCCUUUCUGGUGAGGCCUAAUCACCCUCACUAGAAAGGCUAGAGACAUUGGGUGAGAUUUAGAUGUCAAAUGUAAACACUGAUAAUUAGUAAGAAGAUUAUAAAUUAAAUCAGAUUGGUCAUGUACACAUGUUUUAUCAAUAGUCCUAUGUGUGAUUCAGACCAUGAGGAGGAGAGGGAGAGAGAGAGAGAGAGAGAGAGUGCUGCCCCUGAAUGAGGGAAACCUGUCUCCAGUCCAUAUUAUUAUAUCUUGAAUUACCUUAUGGGAUACAAUUAUUUCCUUAUGGAGUUAUUAAGGUAUGUCAUUUGAUUUAAUUUGUUAUUCUGAUUUGUAAAUUUUUUACUUAACCGGCAGUGUUGUUGUUGUUGUUUUGGACGCAUAAAACACGAUGUGAGUAAUGUGUCAAAAGGGAAGAAGUGCAUUGUGGUUGUUGUUCUUGGUUGUUGUUUGAAUUGUGGUUUUUGUUUUGUUUGUUGUAUGAUGUUUUGUUUGUUUUGUUUUUGUCUUGCUUCCAAAAAAAUCUCUCCAGAUUGGUUCUGCUGUAUGGUCGGGAUUUCUCCCUAAGGGUUAGCCCUCUACCAAACCUGACCCUGUAACUCUGCAGUGAGGUCGUCAAUGUUACAGGGAGUAUAAGCCAAUUUGAUAAAAUGGUUUUAACAGUGUGUUGUUAUUCUAUGUGACAUUUGUCUUAGACAUUUCUAUUAAGAAUAUUGGUGGUAAUAAUUUGUCAUACAGUAAAUAGUUUGUCUGGUUUCAGGCUUUUAAUUUUGAAAAACGACAUGUUUAAAUCCAUUUUAACAAUUUUAACAAUUUUAACAAUAGUUAUCACAGUGUAAUACAAGGAGGGAAAGUGAGGGAAAAUGUUGCUGUCUGAAGAGGUAGCAUUGAAUUGUACACAGCAUCUCCUCUCACUCUAUCUUGGUUCGUGCAGGUGACUGUGACCUCCUCCUCAGACCAAUUGGCAGUACGCCCAGAACAUUGUUCUGUGAACCAAAAAGAGUAUCUCAGUUUCAAGGUCCCAGAUUUGAGAGAAGAAACCUUGUUAGUUAUCAGUCAGUCAGUCACUUGCAGGAACCAACGUUGAUGAUGAAUAAUGAAUCAUGUAAAUCAUGCUUAUAUGAAUUGUUUAGAUAGCCGUAUAUUAGAGAACUAACGGGACUGUCCCGGCAGAGCUCCUGACCGAUGUGUACUAUGCAUGAAGUUUGUUGGAACUUGCUGAUAAUAAAGAAUGAUUCAUUUAAGUUUGA